AUGGAGAUGAAGGCCGGAGGCUUGAGGGUCCCCUUGCUCCUGUUGCUGGUGACCAUCGUGGUAAUGGCCAAGAUAAGCCACAUCCAGAGGUGGGGGGGCUUCAAGGAGAAAGGCACGAGCAAGGAUAACAUGAACUCCACACUCCAUUUCUUCAUCCAGUCCUACAACAAUGCAAGCAAUGACACCUACUUGUUCCAAGUUCAGAAGCUAAUUCAAAGUCAGAUGCAGGUUUCUACCACAGGAGUGGAGUAUUUGGUCACUGUGAAGAUUGGCAGGACUAAAUGUAAGAAAGACGAGGUGAAGAAAGCUUCGUGUCCGCUGCAAAACAGCAAGCUGAAAAAGAGCUUGAUUUGCACAUCACUGAUAUACACUGUGCCCUGGGUGAACUACUACCAAGUCUGGAACAAUUCCUGCCGGGAUAUCUGA